CUUUUCUUGGCCCUCUCCACAAUCAGAAUCCCUUGAAUCAAAUGUUCAAACACUUGGGUUAGCUGCAACUAUGGUGAUCUUGACUAUACCAGCCUCGGUCGCGAAGCGAAAGCAAGCAUGCACCAGCUGUCGACAGCGGAAGAAGAAAUGCGACGCCGAGCAUCCGAGCUGUUCUUUGUGUAGAAAACUAAAUAUUAAAUGCCAGUAUGGGGCUCCGUCACGCCAAGACAGCAGUUUACUUCCUGCAGCCUCCUCAGAGAGUUCUCUUAGUCCAGACACAGUUGUUUUGCCUCCUAGUUUCGAUAUGGGGCCACCUGGCCUACUGCCAUCCAUGAAACUCACAGGCACAAUCUUCGAUCUUCCAUGCUCUGCCCCCUUAGCAUAUGAAGAUCCUCUAGUGUGCUUCCCCACACCUGAAUCCACGGACGUUCCAACCGAUGAUACGUUUAGUUUCCAGGCGUUUGAUAGCUUCCAGCCGCCGUCGCAAGAUAUCACCAUUCAGCUUACCAACCUCUUCUUCGAGCAUCUUUACCCUAUGUUUCCCUGCUUUCACAAGAAGAGCCUCCUGUCUAGUGUGGAAAGCGGCAAGCUACAGGACGAAUCACCAACCUUGGUUUACGCAAUUUGCUGUAUAGCAGCCAGAUUUCAUCCUGAUUGUGCUAUAAAAAAGCGUUCAAAAGACUGGUACGAGCAAGCAAAGUUCUCCUAUAACCUCACCUGCCAAAAGCCCGAACCAACUUUACGCACCAUCCAAUCUGUAUUACUUCUCAUGUUCCAUUCCUGGACUUCAUGCGACUUUUCUUCCAGCUGGUUAUUACUAGGAAAAGCAUGGCGACAGGCUGUUGUUCUUGGUCUGAACAUAGACGCGGAUAAUGUGAAAACAUGUCGGCCCAAUAUGCAUGAAGAGAAGACGUCAGUCGGUAAAGAAGAGCGUCGGCGAGCUUUAUGGCUUCUUUUCAUGUUGGACCGAAUAAACUCAUGGGCGACGGGCUGGCAGACCGCUAUACCCGAGACUCAAUUCAAAGUUGACUUAUUGAAACCUGAAUCGGUCUUUCAAGCCUUGGAUCCAGAAUCGGAUACGCUUCAUCAUUCCAGUACGCCGUUUACGCAGAACCUGUCUGAUCUGAUAUGUUCAUCGUCGUCCGCAAGAGAACCUCUGAAUGUGCUACACUACCUAGCAAUUGCGCAUGUUCUGCUCGGCCGAGUAUCCGAGUUGAUACAUUCCCUACACAGCGCCCCCGACUCACCCGAGUAUGCAGAAGAAUGCGCCAAGCUGGACAGCCUGAUUAUUAAAUUCCGGCUCAGUCUGCCCCGUCAAGCCAGCUCAGUACUAGCAGCACCACCAGCAGAUCGCCAGCAGGUG